CAUGUGGAAGUUAUUGGAUAUUUUUAGGGUAGGCAAGCUCUAUCCAGGACAUUUUGGCUCGAACUUUGAUCAGCAGAAAGGUGCUAAUAGACGAGAGGCUUUUCCCAUCUCUUUAGAUAGGAAGACUUCCCUGAUAGAGCCCCCUGAUGGACUUCCACUUCCUUCUAAAGAAUCUGACUGUGGAACCGACAUGGAGCCGACGAUGGAUUCUUCGCCUCUCCUUCCGAAUGAAACUUCUCAUCCUGUCUUACCUGACGGAACUGAAAAAUUGGAACCAAGGCGAUCCCGUUAUGGACGAUUGCUGAGACCUGUCCAAAGACUAUGAACUUUUAUCUGAGUUUAUGAACAGCUUAUAAACUCAAAGUGGGGAGUGUUGCAACGGGAAACGAACAAACUUUAUUCGUUUUCGUAGUUUCCUGUAAUUCCUUUUUUUUAUUAUUUGUUUUAUAUAUAUAUUUAUGAUGCAUCUGUUCAUUUCCGGUCUGGUGGCGCCAGAAGGGAUUAUUAUUUAUUGGGUUUUUUGUAAUUUAACAGUUGUCUGUUAGAACUCCUGAAGGAGUGUUUGUAAUUUAUA